UUUGCCAAACACCAUUAAACCUCGGAGGAAGAAUAUUAGUUUCACCGCGCUCUCGGUUGAUUUGUUGUGGUGCUAUUUCAAUCCAGUAUGUUCGAAAUGUUGUUUCGGUAAAGAGAAAAAUACUGUUUUUGAAUCAGGUCAGCAAAUAGACCUUUAAUAUUCUCGUCCUCAUAGUCGUGACUUAGUUUUAAAGCAAGCAGGAAUAUCUGGAGGAGUAUCAUCUGAACUGAGAUCUGCUGCUGUGAAGAUGGUGUUUGUUAAAGAAGAGAGUGAGGAAAACACGACUGAACCAGAAACCUGGAGAAUAAAACAUGAGGAACCAGAAACCUGGAGAGUAAAACACGAGGAACCAGAACCCUGGAGAAUAAAACACGAGGAACCAGAAACCUGGAGAAUAAAACACGAGGAACCAGAACCCUGGAGAAUAAAACACGAGGAACCAGAAACCUGGAGAAUAAAACACGAGGAACCAGAACCCUGCAAAAUAAAACAGGAUCAAGGAGAGUUGAUUAAAGAAAAAGAGAAGAAUGAAGAAACAAGUGAAGUUGAGGAGAACAAUCAUGUCAAAAUUGGAAAAAAAAAAUUGAGUUGCUCUCAAACCAAACAGAAAAAUUUAAAGAAAAGAAGAGCCAAGAAAUCUUUAACCUGUACUCAGUGUGGAAAGAGUUUUACACGCAAAACAAGUCUUGAGCAUCACAUGAGAGUCCACACGGGAGAGAAACCAUUCACUUGUGAUCAGUGCGGGAAGAGCUCCACACAAUCAGCAAACCUUAAGAUACACAUGAAUAUCCACACUGGAGAGAAACUGUACACAUGUGAUCAAUGCAGCAAAAUGUUUUUAUGGUCUUCAGUUCUGAAGAAACACUUGAAAGUUCAUUCAAAGGAGAAAACACCUUCAUGUAACUUGCGUGUUAACAGUUUAGUGCGUCUACAAAUUUUGAAAGUACAUCAGAAAAUACACACUGCUGUGAGAGAGUACAUUUGCUCCGAGUGUGAAAAGACUUUUUCUUCAGCAGACUGUUUAAAACGGCAUGAGAGGAUUCACACUGGAGAAAAACCUUACAAGUGUUCCCACUGUGACAAGAGAUUCGGUCGGUCAACAACUCUGAAAACACAUGAGAUGAUUCACACUGGAGAGAAACCUUAUAAGUGUUCACACUGUGACAAGAGAUUCAGUCGGUCAGGAGACCUGAAAAGACACGAGAGGAUUCACACUGGAGAGAAACCGUAUCACUGCACUGCAUGUGGAAAGUGUUUCAAUCAAUCAUCUAAUCUACACAAACAUACAAAAAACAUUCACAGUAAGCAGAUCAUCUUCUGAUCCAGCUCUUUCAGAUCUGAUGCUGCAUCCUCAUCAAAUAUGACACCAUAAUGCAUCAAGCAGUAUCAUAUAAUCUGGAUAAAUCUGUUCUAACCAGACAUUAUAAGCAACAUGACAAAGAAACAUUAUCUAAAGUUUUCACAGUGCAUAAAGUUCAUCUUCAUCUUCGAAACCAGCAGAUUCAGCUGUGAUUCAGAUCAACUCAAAGAUAGAGUUCCUCCCUAAAGAACAAUGUCACAAAGUUUUAUUCUUGUGUAUCGUUUUGCUUCAUGAUAUGCAUGAUUUGAUUGUGCUUUCUUAUGAGUUUCAUAUUAUGUUCAGUUGUCUUUAAUUGUAUGUCACUUGUAGUUUACUUACUCUUUAAUGAAGGAAAGUAGAAGGUUUUUACCAACUGUUUUGUUCAGGAAGCUGAAGAAGAGACUGUAACACUUUUAAGAGAGACUGAGAAUUAAUUUUAACAGUGUUCUUCAUUGUUAAAAUGAAUAGUUAUUCUUCCACUUAAAAUGUAUUUAGGAAACACAGAUGCAAGAUAUACUGUCAUGUAGCUUUGUUUCUGAUCCGUCUGUGCUUCUGUUGUAAGUAGGAAUGGAUACAGUAUUAAACAAGCUCUGGGGUUAAUUAAAAAAGACCGUGGUAUUGAUAAGCUCUGAUGUGAUCGAAUCUGCUUUAGAUACUGGAAUAAUUAAGAAGAUACCCUAACAAUUUAUUAUCGCUACAUUAAGAGUAUCAAGGUAAUUGUACUUGCCAAUCAUUUCUAUAUGCAAUAUCAUCAUCAAUGGUACAUUUGUUUUGUGCAAUUAAUUAGGGGUUCGAGCAUGCAGCGAUGAAACCCUCUUGUAAUUGUUAGGAUUUUUAUUAUUAUUAUUAUUAUUUUUAUUCUUCCGCCGUAGAACUGAACGUGCAGCCCAAACCGUAAGGGCUAGAGAGCUGAAACUUGGCCAGAUCGUAGAGCUUAAUUUGGGGAGAACCUAUCAAAGUCUCAGCCCAAUCGGCCAAAAGGGGGCGCUACACACAAAUUUUUCUUUUAGACACUUUUGGCUGUAGCUCGUAAACCGUUUGUCAUAGACUCAAAAACAUGCCAUUGUUGCAAUCCUUGGGUUAGCCCGAACAAAAGUGCACACCGCCUUUUUUUGCUCUACGGCGCAUCGUUUUCUCGCAAAAUUGAGUUAUAUCUGAAACCUACUUUUGCGAACUAGUACUAGGUUUUUCACCCAGUCGGAAUCAAACCACUGCACAAAUAAUCUCUACACACACAAUAUCAAUAAUUAUUGAAAAAAGUUAGAAAUUUUGAUUCUUACGCGAAAUAGUACACCAAAAAGUGUCUAUGCUAACAUUAGCCAAAUGUUAUUUUAGCUUUAACUCUUGAACAGAAUGAGAUAUCUUCACCAAACUCGGUACACAUGUGUAUAAGCUCAAUC